AUGUCCCCUCCUGCAUCGGCCGCCACCGCCAGCGAGAGCAGCGCGACCACCGUUUUCGAGGAAGACGCCCGAGAAGAGCAAAGGCCUCUGAAGCAGUCUUUGAGCAAGUCUCUGUGCCGGGAGAGCUUUUGGAAAUGCCUGCUGCUCUCCGUCCUGAUGUACGGCUGCAUGGGAGCCAUGGUGUGGUGUCAUGUCACCAAGGUGACCCGCCUCACCUUUGACAGUGCCUUCAAAGGGAAAUCCAUGAUGUACCACGACAGCCCCUGCUCCGAUGGCUAUAUUUACAUCCCUCUGGCCCUGCUGGGGAUGCUGUAUGUGGUCUACCUGGUGGAGUGCUGGCACUGUCACGUUAAGAACGAGCUGCAGCACAAAGUGGACGUGGAGGGGAUCUACGAACGCAUUCAGAGGAUGCAGCAAGCCAAACCUUGCAUCUGGUGGAAGGCCAUCAGCUAUCACUACGUCCGCCGGACUCGUCAGGUCACGCGCUACCGCAAUGGCGACGCUUACACCAGCACCCAGGUUUACCACGAACGUGUCAACACCCAUGUGGCGGAGGCUGAGUUUGACUACAGCCACUGCGGGGUGAAGGACGUGUCGAAGCAGCUACUCGGCCUGGAGAAAUCCGCCCUCACAAAGCUAAGGUUCACCAAAUGCUUCAGCUUCGCCAACGUCGAGUCUGAGAACUCCUACCUGACCCAGCGGGCGAGAUUCUUCACCGACAACGAGGGUCUUGACGACUACAUGGAGGCGCGGGAGGGCAUGCACCUGAAAAACAUUGACCUCAAGGAGUAUGUCAUGGUGCUGUCUGACCCGGAGCACCACCCCUGGUAUCUGUCUCACUACGUCUUUUGGCUGGCCUCGUUCCUCACGUUCUCCUGGCCUCUGAGAGUCUUCACAGAGUACCGCACGGCCUACGUCCACUACCGGGUCGAGAAGCUCUUUGGGCCCGAUUACCUCCCGGUGACCCCUUGCGACGACCGGCCGUACUCCCGUCGUAUCCCCCGUGUCAACACCAUCGACAGCACCGAGCUGGAAUGGCACAUUCGCUCCAACCAGCAGCUGGUGCCCAGCUACUCAGAGGCUGGCCUUAUGGACCUGGCCCAGUGCCCCGGGAGCUUCGGCGGCUACCGUCAGAACUGCGAGCGCUGCCACCGGGCCAUCAGUUGCUCCUCAGUUUUCUCCAGGAGCGCCCUCAGCAUCUGUACCGGCGCCAGCUCCCGAAUACCCUUCAGCGGCAGCCGUUUCUCCCUGGCGCGGCGCUACGGCUCCCAGCGCAGCUGCUUCUGGAGGAGUGGCAGCCUGGAUGACCAGGAGAGCCCCAGCGAGAACACCCGCUGCUUGUCGGAGCGCCUGACCACAGACGAUGAGGACCCUCCGGACUACCAGGAUGCCCUCUGCUUCCCGGUGCUCAUUGUCCACUGCAGCGAGAAUUGCCACAACCACAGGUCCUUUCACAGAAACGGCUCCUGCGUGGAGACUUCCUUAUGA